AUGGGAGUAAACCCGGACAGAAAAUCCGAGCAGAUGGAACUCGUCAGCAAUCAUCUAUGGAAAGAACAACCCAGAAAGAAAACCCGGUCCAAUAGAGUGGAGGUUUGGCUCAGGGCCAACUCAACUACCCUAUCCAGUAAAAAAGAGCCAGUUACAAAAACUACAACAAGUGUCAUAAAUGUUAAUUUUGUCUGCAGAGACUCUAGCCAGGAUGCAGGCGAUGCGACAUCUUCUAGGAGAUCGAGUCAGAGUCUUUUAACAGAAACCCUUUGUGUUGGAACAUGGAAUGUUCGCACAAUGUAUGAUACAUCAAAGACAGCACAAGUUGCUGAUGAAAUGCAGAGAUAUAAGUUGGGCAUACUUGGAAUAAGUGAAUGUCGAUGGAUAAAGUCAGGCAAGAUCAUCAGAAUAAACAGUGGUCAAACCAUCUUGUACUCCGGGCAUAAUGUCAAACACCAAAGUGAAGUUGCAACCAUGAUAAGCAAAGACCAGAACAAAACACUGUUAGAAUGGGAACCAAUCAGUGACAGAUUGAUUAGAGCAAGAUUCAAUUCCAAGGACUGUAAACUUACAAUCCUACAGUGCCAUGUGCCAACAAAUGAUGCUGGAGAAGAAGUGAAAGACGAUUUCUAUGAACAGUUUCAGAUGGUCGUCUAA